AUGCUUGAAAACAAGACAGAGAAUGCGAAAUACGGCAUCACUGGCUACGUCAGCUUGAAUAAGCCUAGCAGUGACUCCGUUAGCAAGUCUACGUGUCUGCUUGAGUUUCUAAAGAAGCACGACUUCUUUGAGGGUGAGGAAGACUUAAAGAAGAGGGAGCGUGCUCUAGGCAGACUAGACCAUUUGUUGAAGAAGUUUGUUGAAGAAGAAGGCAGAAGAAAGGGCGAAAGUGGAAAAAGUAGUGGAAAAAUAUUCACAUUUGGAAGCUACAGACUUGGAGUUCACGAUACCGGGGCUGACAUCGACUUGCUAUGUGUAGUCCCACGUUUCGUAAGUCGAAAGGAGUUCUUCGACCUUUUCUACGAGAUACUGAAGCAGGAAGAACAAACAGGUGAAAUAACCAAAGCAGAAGAUGCCUAUGUUCCAGUCAUAAAAAUGGAAUACAUGGGAAUACCAAUAGACCUAACAAUGGCACGAGUCAAUCUCCCACGAGUUGAUUCAUCAAUAAAUUUGUUAAAUGAUAAGCUGCUACGGAACAUGGAUGAGAAGUGCAUUCUGUCACUGAAUGGAUCCAGGGUGACUGAUGCGAUGCUAAACCUGGUACCAGAUUGCGAGACAUUUCACAUGGCAUUGAGAACAAUCAAGUUUUGGGCCAAAAGACGAUACAUUUAUGGAAAUGCCUAUGGAUAUUUUGGUGGAGUUGCCUAUGCCAUUUCGGUAGCGAGAAUCUGCCAGAUGUAUCCGAAUGGGUCUGUGUAUGAUGUGGUCUGCAAAUACUUUGAGACAUUUAGUAGUUGGGAUUGGCCUGCUCCUGUGAUAUUGACGCCAGUUGUUGAUCACCAAUACAAUUUAAAGGUCUGGGACGCCAAGAAGUAUCCAGCAGAUAAAUAUCACAAAAUGCCUGUGAUUACGCCGGCGUAUCCAUCGAUGUGUGCGACACAUAACAUAUCGCAGAGCACGGCUGAUCUGAUUACGCACGAGAUUCAACGAGCUAAGGACAUUGCAAGUGAGGCAGAUGGAGACAUGAAAAAGUUCAUCACAAUUUUCAAUAGCACCGACUUCUUUAGGAAGUACAAGUUGUACGUGAAUGUGAAGAUAGAGGCUGAUUCGGAGAACAUGAAGGCGUGGAUUGGAUACGUAGAGAGCAAGGUGCGAGUAUUGUGCAACAAGUUGGACACAAACAGUCUGAUUGUGGCUACAAUUCCAUUUCCAAAGGCAUUUAUAGGAGAAACACAAUGCAACUUCUUUGCAGGAAUAAGCGUGUUGAGGACGUCAAAUGCGAGCAAGAGAGUCUACGUAGAUGAGCAAAUCAGGUCAUUCACUGACGUAAUAAACGGAUGGGCUGGGAAGAGUGGCGACAUGAAGAUUGAGGUACGUAGUGAAACCAAGAAGGGCGUACAGGCAUUUAUUAAGGAGUACUUUGAUAAGAAGUAA